AGAUACAUAAAUGAUUAUAUAUAGCGUAGUAGCGUUGAAGAAAACUGUUGCAAUUACAUCAAAUAAUUAUUGCACGGCAUCCAGAACAUCACUUUGUGGGUUCAAUGAAAUCCACUGUAAUGGCUUUCCACGGUAUAGCUCUUUAUUUUCGUGAAUAAUUGAAUGUGAAGAGCCAAACAGAGCUCUAAUUGCCGACGUUUGGCUGUCAAGACGUCUACACAAGUUGGUCACAUCGCGUCUGUAAAAGUUGCAUAAAGCAUACAAUAUCACGAUUAGAUUUCCGUGGAAAUGCUUCGUUUUUCAUUAAAAUAGGACAAAUGGAAGUACAACAAAAAAUGUGAAUUGUAUUGAUUUUUUCACAUUGAAAUGCACUUUAUUGCUUUUAAGAAUUUGACGUUGCAAGGGUGGAUUUUUUUUGCGAAACGUUGUGCUUUUGAAAUGAUUUUCCAGACACUCUGUUUUUUUUCGUCGAUGGGGUUUAAUCACGCUACUGGCGCGUAGUGUUUGCAUUUUAUUUUAAUGCCUUUCUGGCAGGAAGUACACGUAAUUUGCGUUAGAGAGAAAGGUGCAAGAAGUGGCGCAAUGUUGUACGUAAUAUGGUUUAAUUUGCAAAUUGAUGAAUGGCUUAAUUAUUAAUUGAGGGGGAUUUUGGGGGGAAUAUAUAUUCAAAUGCCUACCGGAGGUGUUUAAGCCCGAGAGAGAGAUGAAGUGAUAAGUCCCAUAAACAAGUCAUAAAUCUCAGGGUGAAGUCAAGUGGACACUAAAUGGCAUUAGAGGAGCAAUAAACCCAUCUGUGGAGGGAUGUGAUGAACAAGGGAGAGUCAGUGAUUGCCUUAAUAGCUCUCAUAUGGAUUAAUAAAUCUCACUUUUCUUCCGUCAUCUAACGCACACAAACACACAAAACAAUUUUGUGGCAAACACAGAGAGAGUGAUAAGUAAUUAAUUAAGUUUAAGGCGCGCGUAAAAUAUUCCAACGAGCAUUUAUCAACACUUGAGAUUAAACGAGGUGCUGUGUAUUUAAGCAACACAACAUGGCAUUUGCUGCUGCCCGAAUGAUCCUUAAGGACAAGAGGAGGAAGUCUAAAGAUGACUUUACUCCAGCUGCAAGGAACCGCAAUAAAGCCAGAAGUGUCAGCACAAGUAGCUUUAGGAGCCUGAGUCAGGCCCGGAACAAACCAGCGGACGGAAGUGGUCAUCUACGGCAGAGUUCGGCGCAACGAGAGAAAACCCCAUCGGGGCAGAGGGGUGCCCCAGCUAAAGCCACUGCACACUCAGCUAAAGGACCCGCACCGGCAAAGCAGCAAGCUGCUCAAGGUAAGCCUGGAACCCCUAAAUCAGCAUCACAGAAUAAAGUUGCAGUUCCACCCCCACCUCCACCAGCAUCCAAGAAGAAGCCCAAGAAGAAGCAUCAGCAGCACGACUUGAUUGUUCGUAUUGAUUUGACCGAGUAUGGAUUGUCAGAGGAGCAGGUCGCAGAGUUCAAAGAGGCAUUCAUGCUGUUUGACAAGGAUGAAGAUGGUACAAUCACGAUGGCUGAAUUGGGUGUUGUGAUGCGUUCACUCGGUCAGCGUCCAACUGAAACUGAACUCCGUGACAUGGUGAAUGAGGUGGAUCAGGAUGGGAAUGGUACGAUAGAGUUCAAUGAAUUCCUCCAGAUGAUGUCGAAGAAGAUGAAAGGUGCCGACGGGGAGGAUGAGCUAAGGGAGGCGUUUAGGGUGUUUGACAAAAACAACGAUGGGCUCAUCUCGUCAUCGGAGCUACGGCAUGUGAUGACAAAUCUCGGGGAGAAGCUGUCCGAAGAGGAGGUGGAUGACAUGAUCAAAGAAGCAGAUUUGGACGGUGAUGGCAUGGUCAACUACAAUGAGUUCGUGAUGAUACUUACGGCGAAAAACUAGUGCAAACUUUGCUAUCGUCGAGCUGGCAGAAAAUCAAGAAGCAAAAGCAAAGUGAAAAGCCUCGGCGAUACUAAAAAGGAAAAGUAAGAAAAAAUAUAUUUUGGGAGCUCCUUAAUUGAAAUACUCGAGAGUUCAGAGAACGCGGGUGGGUGCACCACAAACAGCAUCUCGCCGUAUAGAGUGGGAUUUUUAUUUCCAACAAGCACAACUAAUUUAACAUAUUUGAUGGUACCUAACCAUCAGAAAAAUAAACUCCCAUCAUUCACCACUGAAUUUAUUCAGUUUUUCCACCCCAACAAAAGCAAAAAAAAAACGGAUUAAAACUUCCGCUCAUUACCACAGAAGAAAUAUUUUUAAUUGCGGAUUUUUUUCCAAUUUAAAUUGGGUUUUUGUUUUCCCCAAAAAGUUCGUAUAGGACGAAGAUGCGGCUCCUAGACCGACCAAAGUCCUAUUUUUAACAGUAGAAUGCAGUUUUCUAUCGCUUACACACACAAGAAAAUUCUCAAAUAAGAAUUUAGCAAAAAUAAAAUGUUCAAGUAGAGGGUUUUAUUGAAGAAAAUUUCGAAAAAUCGAAAGAUUUUUUUUUAGUCUAGAACUUUGAAGGAGAAAACCAAUUCUCAAACAUUUAAAUUCUAUUAAGAAUAUUGCCGUAAUUAAGAUAAAGAAAAAAAAUAAUAAUCAAUUGAUUUAACGUUGUGUAUAUGCAAUGUGUGAAUGUGCAGUGUUAUCACCAAAAACGUAAGAAAACCGUCUGCAUAGAACUUUGCAUGUUCUCUAAAUAAACAAAAGGAUUAAAGUAAAAUAAAGCACGAGAUGAAUUCUCACAGAGAAAUCGUAAAUUGUCUAAUAGAUAUAAGGAGAAAACAAUCGCAUUAUAAAUGAAUAUUUUAGUGAAAAAAUCGUAAAAAAGCACCCUCUCUUGAAAAGUUCUAUUAUAUACCUAAAAUACGCGAGAAAACCGUAAAGCGCGGUCAUCUUUAUCGAAAUUUUAAUAAAAUUUAAACACCCAAAAAUAAAAUAAAAUAAUGAGAAAAUAUAAUAUAGGAUUUGCACUGUGGGUAGAUUCACAAAAUGGCACCAAUACUAUAGAAGAAGAAGGUCUUUUCGUGGUGGAAAACAAUAGGUUUUCAUUUGAAUUUUCCCACAAAUGGCAUAAAAGCUCCUUUCUUCACAUUAAAAUAUGUCUCCCCACAAAGCUUUUUAUCAAUAUAUUAUUAUUUUAAUGAAGAAAAUCCUUUAAGAAAUUUUUGAAUUAAAAAAAAAUCAUUCUAUUUUCAUAGAAUCACUACUUAAAUGGAAAACCCUUUGAGGCGUCCUUCAGUUGAACAAAAAUUUCCGACAAAAUUGCCUUAUUUGCAUUUUGAUUUGAGAUUUCCUUUGCAAUUGAAUUUAAUAACCAAUUCUCAGAGCUUUAAAACCUUUUAGAACACUACGUUGGAAAAAUGGGUGGAAUUUUAGGAAAUUAUUAGACAAAGAAAUAAAUUUUAUUUAUAAAUAUACAAGGUGGGUCAAAAAUUAAUGCACGUGUUUGAUCGUCUAUAUCUUUUGACUGGGUUGAGAUAUCUAAAUACCUUAAAAAGUAUAAUGUAGAAAAACUUAAAAAAUUUCAUUUGCUUUUAAUUUGAAGUUGAUAUCUCAAAAAUUCUGGAAGCUAGACCCAAAAAUGUGAGAUGGAACUUUUAGUAUAUUCACAUUUUAGAGUCUAGCUCCCACAAUUUUUGAGAUGUUGACUUGAAAUUGGAUGCAAAUGAAAAUUUUUGAAUUUUUCUACAUUUUGCUUUUAACGUACCUAUAUAGAUAUCUCAAGUAAGUCAAAAGAUAUAGACGAUCAAACACGUGUAUUAACUUUUGGCCCACCUGGUAUUUAGUGAGAAUUUAUCAUUAUUUGCGCCAAUUUUAAUUUUCUUUUUCCCCAAUUUUUAGUCAUAUUUUUCAAGAAAACAAAUUUGUUCAAAAAUCCUUCUCAAUCCAUUAAUUUUCUCCAUCAAUUUUCUCUUCUGUGGAGCUUUAUUUUUCACAACUAAAAAAAUUAAUGUCUAUAAAUAAUCAUAAAUCGUCACAUAUAAUAAUCCAUAAAAAAUGUAAUAUUCGUGCAUUAAAAUAUAAGUAGAAAAAAAACAAGAAAUUCGAAAUGUACGCUUCUAGAUAUUCCAUUGCCUAUAUAAAAACCUCCUGUGAAAAGAUAUUUAACAAAAGAAAAACUAUUUAGAAUGAAAAGAAGAAUUAUUUAGAAGAGGAAGCAAAAAGAAAUCUCUAUAGAAUGUUGAAAAAAAAAAGGUAGAAAAAUAUUGAAACUUUUAUGACCAACUAAUUGAAAAGACAAGUUAAAUAAAAAAAAAAACUAUGUAACAAUGUAUGAAUAAAUGUGCGUUUAUAUGAUAUGUUAAUGAGGCGAUAUAGAAAAGAACAUUUUAAUCAAAUUUGUAUUAACAAUUAAUCAAAGCUCGUGGCUCCUUAUUCGCCACACGGACACGUUUUUCUCUUAACUGCAACGUACCACGUAGUCAGAUGGCAUGGCAUGAAGACAGAGGGGAGUGACCUUUCGGAGAACCUCAGAGGGUCCAAGCCAGAGAACUCCCAACGCGCAGGCGACUCGAAAUUCCGCCCAUUCGCUAAAUUGGCCGAAUCUGAGCUGCCAUGCCCACUAAAUGCCUGCGUAAACUAUAUGUAAUGAAUUUAAAAUAAAUUUAAAAAAUAAAUAAAAAGAAGAAUAUAGAUGUGUAUGUAAUGUACUGAGUGUAUACAUAAAUGUACAUAACGAACCCCUUACAUUAUAUAUGUAUAUGUAACUAUCCAAAAGAAAAUAUCAACUUCUUACUUUAUUCAUCCUAAAUAUCAGGGUAUGAUCCACAACCAAAGAAUAUUUUCGUAGGGUCUAUUCUCCACAAAAAAAAACCUUUCAAGAAGAUUUAAAAAGAAAAGCGCUACAGAAAUAAUUUUUACAAAUAUUUUUCUCAUACAUUUUCCACACAAAAAUUCUACAAAAAUUAACAACAAAAUAAAGAAAAAAUCUAUACCAUAACACUUUAUAUUAUAUCGUGAAAAGAAAAUGAAAAAAGGAAACAUAAAACCUAACUUAUAUUUUUACGUGAUAAAAAAACAAUUUUAGAGAUGCCUUCAUUUGCAUACCUAUAUUUUUUAUUAAAAGAAAAUGAAAACACUUAAAAGAAAUAUAGAAAAAUCCUUCACAGAGUUCUUGAGACAAGAGAAGAAUAAUAAAUAUUUCUUUAAAAAAGACAAACGGAAAAAAGCGCAGAAAACUCUCACUAGAUAAGUUAAGUCUUCCAGAGACAUUAAAAAGAAAUAAAGAAAAAUAAUACUGAUUAACAUAUUCAAGUAAUCUGUUUUAACAAAGAAAAAGUAAAUUUUAAAAAGGAGUUUAAUCAAAAAUAUAUUUUCCCUCCUAAAUCAAAGAAUGAAUAUUUUCGAUGACAUCCAAAAUGAAUAUUUUGAAAAAUAAAAAAACAAAUAUUAAGAUACAAAAAAAAACUUUACUCUGGUAAGUAGAAAACUUUCCAUCCCAAAUUGCAGUUUUAACAAAAAAAAAACCAGAAUUUCAACAUAAUAAAAAAUAUAUAUGUAUACUCAAAGAAAAAGCGAAUCUAUAUAGAAAACAAAAUAAAAUAUAUAAAAUUCUAGAGCUCAAGCGAAAAAUAAAUUAAACAAUAAAAUAUUUAAUGAAAACAAAAAAAAACAAAUCUAUGAUCUUUUUAGAAAAAACAAAAUUUCUUUCGAAAUAAGCAUGCUUCCACGGAAUGCACGAUACAUUUUAUUAAAAAUAAAAAAAAACGAAAAAUUAUAAUAAAAAAAAUCUAUUUAUUAAUUUAUUUUUGAUAGAAAAUCCUUUAGAGGUUGUAAAAGAAUUUUAAAUUUGUUUUUGAAAUGCAUUUCCCAUGUAGCGAGACAGAGAAAGAAAAAAAUUGAUCACACUUCAUAUAAAUGUAUGAUGUUUGUAAAGAAAAAAAAUUUCUAUUAUCUUCAGAAAAAUAUUCAUAUUAUAUUGAUAUUAUAUAUAAUACAAAAAAAAUAUUUAUGGAUUAUGUAAAACUACACAAAUGGACAUGAUACAAAUAAAUCUUCAAAAAACAA